UGGCGGUACCGGGAACUUUGAAUCGAAUUUAUCGCGGUUUUCGACACGAUUUCGAAGCAAUAAAGUGUAGAGAAGACUAAACAUAUGCUUGAAAGAAUUGAUAUGCAGGACUACAGGAUCUGACAAUUUAACACAAAAAGGACUUCUCCAAAAGAAAUUUAAUCUCAUACAAGUGUGUUAAUGUACAAGAUGACUGACGCUGAUCAACGCAGCAUUAUCCGAAUGAAAGUGAGAGAAGCCAGAGUAUCAAAAUGUCUCUCUCUAAAUAAAAUCAAACUUCAUGUCAUACCUGAAGAGGUUUUUGAGAAGCUUCGGAAUUUGGAACAUUUAUAUAUGAGCAAAUGUAAACUUGAGGGGUGCGUGUCAUAUAACCUAUGUAAGCUACGGAAACUAACAACUAUAGAUUUUUCAUCAAACAAGCUGAUAGCAGUGCCAGAGGAACUAUUUUCACAUGUGAAACUACUACGUAUAUUGGAUUUAAGUGCAAAUAAACUGACGGUUAUUCCAAGUAAUAUUUCUGAGCUAGAAUACCUUAUGGAAUUAAACUUAUCGCAUAACCAAAUUGUGCGAUUGCCCGACCAGUUAUGCAAUUUACAGAGUCUUACUCAUCUGGAUGUUUCUUCAAAUCUUUUAAGAGACAUUGAUGGAAGAAUAUUCACAGGUGAUAUAUGCAAUUCAUUGUUGAUUCUUAAACUAUCAAAUAACCUCCUGUAUGAACUACCACGAGAAAUGGGUCUCCUUAAACACCUAGAGGAAUUGGAUAUUUCUAAGAAUAAUUUAAAGCAUGUUCCAUCUACAUGUAAGUCAUUAUUAAAACUUCAAGUGCUGAUUUAUCACGAGAAUCCUUGGACAGUUGACCUAAAGAAAUCUAUGCGUAGGAAAUAUCAAAUGCUUGAAGCAAGUUAUGGUGCAGAUGCAAUAGAAACAUUGUUUUCUUUGGUAACAAGAUAGUAGGCAGAUGUUCUUUGUAAAAAUGAUACAAAUCAAAAUAAUAUAGAUAGAAUGUAUAAUCAG